AUGACAGCCACCGCUGCAGUGGAAACACCAAAAAUGAAGAAGAGUGCCUCUAAGGAAGAGAAGCAGCAGUCUAAGCAAGAGAAUACAGAGCAGGGCAAUGCUGAUUCUGAAGAGUGGCUUGGCUCUGAGAGUGAUCCUGAACAAAUGAGCCUUAAAAACAGCAACAAUGACAAUAGUUGCCAACUGGGAGAUGUUCAAUUGAAUAAAAAGGAGAUCCUUUCUAAGCCACACCGCCAGCUAUGUAGAUCACCCUGCCUAGAUCAUCCAAGCUUCUCCCAGAGCAGCAUUCUACAUGAUGGGAAGCUUGACUUGGAAAAAGAAUACCAAACCAAGAUGGAUUUUGCUUUAAAGUUGGGUUACGCAGAGGAACAGAUUCAAUCAGUGCUGAACAAACUGGGUCCAGAAUCGCUUAUUAAUGAUGUAUUGGCAGAGCUUGUCAGACUUGGGAACAAAGGUGAUUUGGAAGGGCAAGUCAACUUGAGUCUGUUAGGGCCUCGGGGGCCCAGCUCCAGAGAGAUCACAAGCCCUGAGCUGUCUCUUGAAGAUGAAAUAGACAACAGUGACAAUUUGAGGCCAAUUGUCAUAGAUGGAAGUAAUGUGGCAAUGAGCCACGGGAAUAAAGAAGAGUUCUCCUGCAGAGGAAUACAACUUGCUGUGGAUUGGUUCCUAGAUAAAGGCCAUAAAGAUAUUACUGUAUUUGUGCCUGCAUGGAGAAAGGAGCAAUCCCGCCCUGAUGCACCAAUUACAGAUCAAGAUAUCCUACGUAAACUGGAGAAGGAAAAGAUUCUUGUCUUCACACCUUCCCGAAGGGUCCAGGGCAGGAGAGUUGUUUGCUAUGAUGACCGGUUCAUAGUCAAACUGGCUUUUGAUUCUGAUGGCAUCAUUGUAUCCAAUGAUAACUACCGAGAUCUUCAAAUUGAAAAGCCAGAAUGGAAGAAGUUUAUAGAAGAGCGCUUGCUGAUGUAUUCUUUUGUGAAUGACAAAUUUAUGCCUCCAGAUGAUCCUUUAGGACGUCAUGGCCCAAGCCUUGAAAACUUCUUAAGAAAGAGACCUGUUGUUCCUGAACACAAGAAGCAACCAUGUCCUUAUGGCAAAAAAUGCACCUACGGCCACAAGUGCAAAUACUACCAUCCGGAGCGGGCCAACCAACCGCAGCGUUCGGUGGCUGAUGAGCUCCGCAUCAGUGCCAAACUGUCCACAGUAAAAACCAUGAGUGAAGGCACCCUGGCCAAGUGUGGCACAGGGCUGUCUAGUGCCAAAGGUGACAUAACCUCAGAAGUCAAACGUGUGACCCCCAAGCGUCAAUCGGAUCCCAGCAUCCGGUCCGUGGCUGUGGAGCCUGAGGAAUGGCUGUCCAUUGCCCGUAAGCCUGAGGCCAGCUCUGUCCCCUCACUUGUGACUGCUUUAAGUGUCCCCACAAUCCCACCCCCCAAAAGCCAUGCAGUGGGUGCCCUCAACACCCGUUCAGCCAGCAGCCCAGUGCCAGGAUCCUCUCAUUUCUCCCACCAGAAGUCCUCAUUGGAGCACAUGACCAGCAUGCAGUACCCGCCCAUCCUGGUUACCAAUAGCCAUGGGACCCCUAUUAGCUAUGCUGAGCAAUACCCAAAGUUUGAGCCCUUAGGGGACCACAGCUACUAUUCAGUGUUAGGCGACUUCUCCAAACUGAACAUCAACAGCAUGCAUAAUCGAGAGUACUACAUGGCUGAAGCAGACCGGGGGUUGUAUGCCCGGAAUCCCAACCUCUGUCCUGACAAUCGUAUGAGCCAUUCCAGGAACGACAACUAUUCCUCUUACAACAACCUGUAUUUGGCUGUAGCUGAUACUCAUCCUGAAGGCAGUUUGAAGCUGCAUCGCUCAGCAUCUCAGAACCAUCUUCAGCCUUUUCCUCAUGGUUACCAUGAAGCCUUAACGCGAGUGCAGAGCUAUGGCCCAGAAGACUCUAAGCAAGCCCCCCACAAGCAAUCAGUCUCCCACUUAGUUCUGCAUGCCCAGCACCCAACAACUGGAGCACGCUCCAGCUGUCCUGGAGACUAUCCCAUGCCUCCCAAUAUCCAUCCUGGGGCAACCCCCCAGCCAGGACGUGCCCUGGUGAUGACUCGGAUGGACAGCAUUUCUGAUUCUCGCCUAUAUGAGAACAAUCCCAUGAGGCAAAGACGUCCUCCUCUGUGUCGGGAACAGCAUGCCAGCUGGGACCCACUGCCCUGUGCAACUGACUCUUAUGGCUACCACUCCUAUCCCUUGAGUAACAGCCUCAUGCAACCAUGCUAUGAACCAGUCAUGGUACGGAGUGUACCUGAAAAGAUGGAGCAGCUUUGGAUGAAUCCUUGGGUUGGAAUGUGCAAUGAUUCCAGGGAGCAAAUGAUCCCAGAGCACCAGUAUCAGACCUACAAGAACCUCUGCAAUAUUUUCCCUUCAAACAUUGUUCUUGCAGUGAUGGAGAAGAAUCCCCACACAGCAGAUGCCCAGCAACUAGCAGCCUUGAUUGUUUCUAAGCUUAGGGCUGCACGUUGA